AUGAAGCUUGAUAUUAAAAAACAAUUUGGAAAUAGGUCGGACCGAGUGAAGGGAAUCGAUUUCCAUCCCACCGAGCCAUGGGUGUUGAGUACUCUGUACUCAGGAAAAAUCGAGAUCUGGAACUAUGAAACGCAGACCGAAGUGCGAUCAAUUGUGGUCACAGAUGCUCCAGUGAGAGCCGGUAAGUUUAUUGCGCGCAAGAACUGGAUCAUCGUUGGAUCCGACGACUUGAAAAUCCGAGUGUUCAAUUACAACACCGGCGAGAAAGUAGCUGAAUUCGAAGCGCAUCCAGACUACAUUCGUUCAAUUGCAGUCCACCCCACACAGCCCUACGUUCUCUCCGGUUCAGACGACUUGACAAUCAAAUUCUGGAACUGGGAGAAAAACUGGUCGCUAGAGCAAACUUUCGAGGGCCAUGAGCACUUUGUUAUGUGCGUGGCGUUCAAUCCAAAGGACCCCAGCACAUUUGCGUCUGCAUGUUUAGAUCAUACAGUCAAGAUCUGGUCUCUUGGGCAAUCGACCGCAAAUUUCACUCUACAUGCCCACGAAACCAGAGGUGUCAAUUACGUUGAUUACUAUCCACUUCAGGACAAGCCCUAUCUCAUCACAAGCAGUGAUGAUCGCACGAUCAAAAUUUGGGACUAUCAAACCAAGUCUUGCGUUGCCACGCUUCAGGGGCACAUGGCUAAUGUCUCGUUUGCUGUGUUCCAUCCAUCGCUUCCUAUCAUCAUUUCGGGUUCCGAAGAUGGUACUGUCAAGCUUUGGAAUGCUAACACAUAUAAGCUGGAAAAGACCUUGAACCUUGGUUUAGAGAGAAGUUGGUGUAUUGCAACACAUCCAACCGGGAAGCGAAAUUUCAUUGCGUCCGGUUUCGACAACGGAUUCACAAUCCUCUCACUCGGAAAUGAUGAGCCUAAGCUGUCUCUAGAUCCUGUUGGAAAGCUUGUUUGGUGUGGAGGGAAGAAUGCUUCUGCAAACGAUGUCUUUACUGCCGUUAUUAGGGGAACUGAGUCAGCUGAAGAUGGUGAGACUUUACCCCUUCAAACUAAGGAGCUAGGUGCUGUCGAUGUUUUCCCUCAAUCUUUAAAGCAUUCGCCAAAUGGCAGAUUUGUGGCUGUGGUUGGUGACGGUGAGUACAUUGUUUACACCGCUUUGGCAUGGAGAAACAAGGCUUUUGGCAAAUCUCAUGAUUUUGUUUGGGGAUUAGACUCAAACAGCUAUGCCCUUAUUGACGACGCAGGACAGGUUAAGUACUACAAAAAUUUUAAAGAGUUGAGCUCAUGGUCCCUUCCUUUGCAGUUUGGUGUCGAAAAACUAUUCACCGGAGCUCUUCUCGGUGUCAAAGCUGAUGGAUUUGUCUAUUUCUUCAGCUGGGAAACCGGUGAUUUGGUAAGAAGAAUCGACGUAGACGCUCGUGAUGUGGUCUGGUCCGAUAAUGGAGAACUUGUGAUGAUAAUAAACUCUGAGAGCGGAAGCACUGACGAGUGCGGAGCUUAUGCUCUUGCUUUCAACAAAGAUGCCUAUGAUGAACACGUUUCUUCUGGUAAUGAACCAGGUGAAGAUGGCAUUGACGACUCAUUCGACGUUUUGUAUGAGGUCAAUGAUCAAGUGGGGUCAGGAAAAUGGGUUGGGGACGUCUUCAUUUACACGACAUCGACGAGUAGAUUGAAUUAUUUUGUCGGUGGAAAAACCUACAAUCUCGCCCAUUUUGACAAAGAAAUAUACAUGUUGGGCUAUCUGGCACGCGAUAACAGAGUUUACUUGGCAGACCGGGAUAUCCAUGUUUCAAGCUAUCAAAUUUCUCUUGAAGUUCUUGAGUUUCAGACUUUGGUCUUGCGCGGAGAACUCGAAGAAGCUAAGGAGAAUGUUUUACCCAACAUUGAUGGCAAGGAAAACCUCUUAAAAAUUUCUAGAUUUCUGGAAGGUCAGGAGCUGUAUGAGGAGGCUCUUGAAGUUAGCCCUGAUGCUGAUCAAAAGUUUGACUUGGCAUUGAAAGUCAGUAAAUUGUCAUUGGCUGAAGAUAUUGUGUCAAGUAAUGAAAAUGAGCAUCAUUGGCGCACACUAGGUGAUGAGGCUCUGGCAAAAUUCAACUUUAAAUUGGCCAUAAAGGCGUAUGAAAAGGCUGGAGAUCUUGACUCCCUGUUUUUGUUGUAUUCUUCAUUUGGUGAUCAGGAGGCCUUGAAGAAACUAGGCGACGAAGCACAAUCAGCUGGAAAGUUCAAUCUUGCCUUCAAUUCCUACUGGCUUGCGGGUGAUGUGAAUGCAGCGACUGCUCUUUUGACAAAGAGCGAGAGAUAUUCAGAAGCUGCUCUGAUGACCUUGGUCUACAACGGGGAACCAAAUCAAGUGAAUGAAGCUAUAGAGAAGUGGAAGGAUCACCUCAAAAGCAAUAAUGAGAUGUCUAUUGCAGAAAGAAUAAGUUUCAUCAAGAAAGAGGAAGCGCCGCCUGUGGCUGAUGAACCACUAAUAGAAUUGAGCAAUGAGGAGGCUGGUACACAAGAAGCUGAGGCUGGGAACGUGAGAGACUAUGGAGAAACCUCGGAGGAUGAAUUUAAGGAAGCAUCUGAGCCUGCUGAAGGUGUACAAGAGUAG